AUGAAUUCUGGAGAUUACAACUCCAUAAAUCUUGAUGAAGUUGAAUUCGUCAUCGACGAAACACAAAGUGAUCCAUUCCAGGAUCAUAGUUCAUAUGUAGAGUUUGAAGACAUUUCAACCGAUUUCGGUAAUCCGGAAGGAGGUUUUGCUAGUAGAGAGGACAUGGAUGCUCAUGUAAGAUAUGUUGCUGGCUUGAGGAACGUUACUUUGGCAAUUCGUGAUUCGAAGGGAAAAGACGGCCGACGGCCCAAAGUUCGAUAUUUAUGUAGCCAAGGUGGCGGAUACAGACCAAAAAAGGUUACUGGAACUAGGUCCACUAAAACGACAAAAAAUAAUUGUCCAUUUUGGUUGGACGGAAUGGAGUACCCUGGAGGGCGCUGGUACUUUGAAGUCCGGGAGGGGAGACACAACCAUCCAUUCCCGUCUCAUGCUGUGGGAUCUCGUUUAGGUAAAAUAUCCCCUAUUCAACUUGAAGUUAUUAGGGAGCAAGAGAAUUUUAAUUUAAGCCCGAGUAAUAUGUUGGCGUCCAUGAAAAGGGCUGAUCCGGAGAACAAAUCGUGUCAGAAACAAGUUUACAAUGCUGUCAGUAAGGUGCGUGCCCAGAAAAGAGAAGGUCGGACCCCGAUGAAUAAUUUCAUCCAUUUACUCAGGCAAUUGAACUACAUGUACGACGUUCGGACUGCUGAUGAAUCUUCCGAACUUGGAGAUAUUGUUUUCUGCCACCCGGCUUCUUUUGUGAUGGUGAAUGCAUAUCCGGAAGUCAUGAUGAUUGAUUGUACGUACAACACCAAUGAGUAUGACAUGCCUCUACUAGAAGUGGUCGGUGCAACAAGUACGGACAAAACGUUCACUAUCGCCUACGCAUUCAUGCGAAAUGAGAGACAAGAAAACUACAGGUUUGUGUUACAGUUUAUCCGUACUUUGUUCGUUAGCCAAGUGACACCUAAUGUCAUUGUAACAGACCGAGAUUACGCCUUGAUGCAUGCUGUCGAGUAUGUUUUCCCGGAAUCCAGGCAUCAUUUGUGUCGCCGUCACAUUGAGCAAUGCGUGCUACAACGAGCACUGCAGCAACCUGGUUUUUUAAAAGAGGCGGCAGAAGGAUUUAAAUUUCGUUGGAAUUGGGCGAUAAGUGCACCGACCAUAGAUGACUUUAAUGAUAGAUGGGGACGUCUGGCAGCACAUUACUCGAGUUGGGGAGCAUUGCUGAACUACUGCAUUGACACAUGGAUUAGUCCGCAUUCCCAAAAAAUCCUGUCAGCUUACAUCGACCAUUAUUUUCACUUCGGAAGCUACACAACAAAUAGGGUCGAAGGAGAACAUCAUCGCGUCAAACGACAUUUAGAUGGUGGUCGGUACCCAUUCGAUACCGUACUGGAGAAACUUCACAAGGUGAUGGAAGGCCAAAUCUGUGAGAUUAAGAAAGUAGCGAGAGUUAACGCUACUAAAUCCAACACAGACACCCUUGGAGAUACGUUGUUUGUUAAUCUGAACAGAUCAAUCACGUUUAAAGCAUUCGGCCUCAUAAGGAAAGAAAUGCAAGUUUUACAAGAAAUGGGUCAGGAUCCAACAACGUGUGGUUGCUACCUAAGGAGAACUCAUGGUCUACCGUGCGCACAUGAGCUUCAGUACUACAUCAUAAAUGGGUAUAGCAUUCCGUUGGAUCAAAUACAUGAUUAUUGGAAAAAGUUAGAUAUUCAGUUUCCAAUAUUUCCUAAUGAUGCCGCGGAUGGAUCCCCGACUCCACCAAAUCCAGUGAGGAGGGCGUUGUUCGAAGAAGUCCCUGAUAUUACUGCACCUCCUACUGCUAAAAAGAAAACCAAGGGUAAAAAGCUCUCUAGUCUCCGUGUACCUUCGGCGUGGGAGAGGGUUGUGAAACAGUACGGAUUUAAAAAGUCUCCAAACAAAAAGGGCCCUGGACGUGUUGCUUCUAUCUCUGCAUCACAGGGGAGUCCAAUGAGCACAUCCCAACGUACGGGGCCACCAGUAUCACCAUCUUCUCCAAAUCCUCCGUGCUCAAGGCCUCCAAUGUCAACCCCUUCUUCCAAAGGCACCACGUUCAUCUUUAAGAAUUCUGUAUUUGAGAGAGAAUUCCCGCCCUACAUUAGAAAAUACAUAGAUCAAUGCACAGAUGUAGCGGCAGACGGAAAUUGUGGAUUUAGAGCGGUGGCUCUAGCAAUUUACGGAACAGAAGAUGAUUGGGUUAAAGUUAGACAAGACUUAGUAGCAGAUCUACAGAAUAGAAGCGCCUUGUACGCUCGAAUCUUAGGUGGGAGGAGUGCGAGGAGUUCUAAUGUGACUAAUCUCAUCCAAUCGAUUGCUCACUACCAUGGACCAGCGGAUGAUGAUUACUGGAUGGCGGUACCGGAUUGCGGUCACGUAAUUGCAACAACAUAUAAUGUUGUUUUCAUGACAUUCAGUGAACAUGGAGGAAAUACUUGUCUGCCAGCGAUAUUAGAUGAAACACAAGGACCUCCAACCCGAAAGGUGGUGUGCGGACAUCUUAGCAAUGAUCAUUGGAUUUUGUUGCAUAUGAAACCAGGGGAUCAUCCGGUACCACCCAUAGCAUUUUACUGGAACGACCAUCACGACAAAUCUGCAGAUGGUUUAGAUGCACAAUUUGCAUUCUCGAUCGGUCACUUUAACCGUCUCCACAAUGAAGAUGGAGAACGUCGAGCAGCAACAAGAAGAAGAAAGAACAAUUAAUUAGGAUCGAAAAAACAAUUGAUGUAUUUCGUUGAGUAGAUUAAUACUUUGAUUUUCUAAUAAAUUUUAUUAUUAUCCUUCA